AUGACCGCUGUUCUGGACAGCUUCGCUUCAGAUAUGCAUUCCAACCACAUUACCUCCAGUACCUUCAACACGGUGCACAAAUCGCAGGAUUCGCCCACGUUACCGGUGUCUACCGUCACUGACAGCAGCUUUUAUAGCAGUCCACAAUCCGCUCAUUGCGCAGGGGCUGCUUUUGCGCCACUGGCACCUUAUUCGUACCAUCCCAGCAGUGUGAAUAACGUACACUACAGUCCCAAAUCUUAUGAUAUUGGCUUCGGCUCCACUUAUAGCGCUUAUGGAUCAUAUGGUACUAGCUCUUCUCCCACACCUACAGAACCAGAGAAAGAGGAGAGUGAACCAGAAGUCCGCAUGGUGAAUGGAAAACCAAAGAAGGUCCGAAAACCACGAACCAUCUACUCUAGUUUCCAGUUGGCAGCACUCCAACGCAGAUUUCAGAAGACCCAGUACCUCGCGCUCCCUGAGCGCGCAGAGCUCGCAGCUUCGUUGGGCCUCACGCAAACCCAGGUUAAGAUUUGGUUUCAGAACAGACGUUCAAAAUUCAAGAAGUUAUGGAAAAACGGAGAGAUCCCACCUGAUCAGCACGUUACGUCCGGUGACUCGCCACCUUGCAGCCCCCCUCCACCCCAAACUGGCUGGGACUUUUCCCAGAACCAAUCACAGAACGAAGGAGACAAUAGCAUGGAACAGGCCAGUGGACCUCCUAAUACCACGGCCCCAUCUUUCUUGACUAACUAUUCCUGGUACACAUCUGCGAACACCGCUACGCACCUACAGCCCGGUACCUUGAUACAACCCCACCAUAACCCCACAAUGAGCUCAGGGGCAAUAUUCUAA